AUGAGUGUUGUUACUUAGCAUUACGUUAGCUAAACUCGGUAUUAGCUAGGUUUGUUUUUAAGUUAGUCAAAUAACAUAGCUAACUGAAUGCAUGGAUAAGAGUUUGUGUUAAAGUCUAUGAGGAUACAGUAAGCUGUCUCUUUCCAGCUUAGCUUGUAAUAGCUUCGGCUAUUAACUUACAGAAAGCUAACAAGCAUUAGCAAAAAAAGAAAUAACUGCAUGGCAGUAAGGUGCAGGUUGAACAUUAAGCUUGUUAGGUUCAAAUUUAAUGCCAAAUCUUCUUUUGAAUUUUAACUCUUGCACACACAUGCUAUUCUUAUUCACAUCAUAAGAGUAUAGUGAAUAAUUAAGUGAAAGGGAAAAGACUUAACAGGCAUCCCAUUGCCUUACUUAAGGUUUGGUUGGAUUCUGCAGGCAGUAUGAAUGUAUAAAGCUCUGGAAGUGACAAGGAGUGGUGAACACUACAGCCAACAUAGAAAGGAAUGAGCAGUUGAACGUGUUCUGGAAGACGAGACUCAAAGAAGAGCAUCAAUGGAUUGAUAGGUUUUACUUUCAGCUUCAAGUGAAAAAGUGCCUCAAGCAAGACAACCCCUCCAAGGCUUCCUCUGUAAUAUAUCAGCUCACAGUGACUGUCUGUCUGUUCCCAUGAGACAGUCAUAUACUCUGGUGUGGAAGCACAUCUGAGCAGACAGGAGCAAGAAUGAGAUUCUUUCAGUCUUGAGAAAGGUGCUAAACAAAAGUUAUUACUGUGCUUCAAGGGCCCUGCAGCAACAGUUCAACUGUGUGUCGGCAAGGAGGUUGGGAGAUGUGUGAAGGAGUGUGACGGACGGCCAUGGGACUGGAGAGACGGUGGCUUCAGGCUGUCACCACCGCUGUAGCAAUCUGUCUGCUAAGUGUGUCUCAAGGUGAGGCGUCAUUGGUUCGUGCCAGAGAGGGGGGCUCUGCAGAGCUGAGCUGCAGUCUCACUCCUUCAGCCAAAGAAGCCACCACCCCAAAUCUCUUUCCUCUGCAUGUGGUGGAGUGGGUGCGCCUCGGUUAUAACGUUCCCAUCCUUAUCAAAUUUGGAGUGUAUGCUCCUCGUGUUCAUCCAAACUACAAGGGCCGUGUGUCGCUGACCCAGGGUGCCUCUCUGCUGGUGGAUCGGCUGACCCUGGAGGACGAGGGCUGGUUCGAGUGCCGCAUCCUCCUGCUGGACAGUGCUAAAGAUGAUUUUCGCAACGGCACAUGGACCUUUCUCUCCAUCACAGCUCCACCUGUGUUCAUCAAGACACCACCAACUUUUGUGGAGGUUCUGCUCGGCGACUCACUGACUCUCAGCUGUGGAGCCCAUGGCAACCCUCGGCCAACUGUUGUCUGGCAUAAAGAUGACAGCCAAAUUGAGAAACAUGAAAAAAUAAAAGUGCUCAAUGGUACCUUGUCUUUGGCCUCUGUCACGAGAAAUAUUUCAGGAGUGUACAAAUGUCACGUGUCCAACACAGAGGGGAACCUGACCCACUAUACGCAGCUGCAGGUCAAAGGACCCCCUAUCAUCAUCAUCUCCCCAGAGGACACCACACUCAACAUGUCCCAAGAUGCAGUUCUGCAGUGUCAGGCUGACGCCUACCCUUCAAACCUCACCUAUGAGUGGCUAAAACAAGGGCAGAAUGUUUACCAUAUUGAAUCCCUAAAGUCCAGAGUGAAGGUUUUGGUGGAUGGAACUCUUCUUAUCCCUAAUCUUAUCCCAGAAGAUGCUGGCAACUACACCUGCAUCCCAACUAAUGGGAUACUGGCCCCGCCCUCAGCCUCUGCACACUUGAAAGUGAAACAUCCUGCACGUGUGGGCAGAAUGUCCCGGGAAACAUACUUGCCUGCAGGUAUGGAAGGUGUCCUCGUCUGCCCAGUCCAGGCUGAUCCCCCUGUGCUGUAUGUCAACUGGACUAAAGAUGGGAAUGAAUUGAAUCUUGACAACUUCCCAGGUUGGAUAGUGAACUCUGAGGGCUCCGUUUUUAUAACAACAGCCAAUGACAAUGCUGUUGGCAUGUACACCUGUACAGCCUAUAACAGUUAUGGCACCAUGGGCCGGUCUGAACCCACCCAGGUGAUUUUGAAGGACCCACCAAACUUCAAGGUGCCACCUCGACCUGAGUAUCUCCAGGAGGUGGGCAGAGAGUUGAUGAUCCCCUGUGAAGCCACUGGAGACCCUACUCCAAAUGUAACAUGGAGCAAGAUCGGCCCUACUCCUCGCUCCCAGUACACUGUGUUGGCUAAUGGCUCUCUCCUACUGCAGCCACUUAGUAAAGAUCAUCAGGGUGGCUGGGAGUGCUUGGCCACUAAUCGUGUAGCGACCGUCAGUGCAGGCACUGUGGUCAUGGUGCUGGGCACCAGCCCUCAUGCUGUGUCCUCAGUAUCUGUCACCACGGAGAUGAACCAAGCCAACGUUUCCUGGGUUCCAGGGUUUGAUGGUGGAUACACCCAGAAAUUCACAGUUUGGGUCAAGCAGGCCUCCAGAGGGAAACAUGAAUGGGCAUCUUUGCCAGUGCCGACGUCCAAAAACUACCUGCUGGUGACCGGGUUGGUUGCUGGAACUGGCUAUCAGUUCAGUGUCCUACCUCAGAAUAAACUCGGCUCUGGACCUUUCAGCGAAAUUGUUUCUGUGCGAACACAAGCUGUUCCAACAGAAACACCUACAGCUGUCACCUCUCUACCAUUCCUGGAUCCUCCCAUAUUCCUGUCAGCCAACAGGACUGAGCAGGGUGUCCUCCUCCAGUGGUCUCCUCCUGAGGCUCCAUCCUCUCCACUGACAGGCUAUGUGCUGCAGGCCCGCAGGGAUCAGAGCCAGUGGGUCAUCCUCAGCAGUAACAUCAGUGCCAAUCAGAGUGAACUACUUGUACCAGGACUGCUAAGGGACUCCAGUUAUGAUCUGAGGCUGAUGUCUCGUAGCAACAAAGUACUCAGUGAACCGAGUGAGUCUGUCAAUGUCUCCACUAUUGGGAUGGAGAUUUACCCCCUACGCCCAAGUUUCUUGGAGGUCAUCCCUGAGCCACUGUUGGCUGGUGUGUUAGCAGGAGUGUGCUUUUUGUUUGUAGCCAUCAUCCUCUCAUUGGUGACAGCAUGUUAUAUGAGUCACAGGAGACAGCGUCGACGCAGGAAGAGGAGACAAGAUCUUCCAUCUGCUUUCCAGAAGAGCUCUUCUCCAGAUGGUCGCUCACCUCCUCGAAGCCCAGACAGUGUCCUAAAGCUGAAGCUCUGUCCGCCACUUCCCUUCUUCCCCAACACCUCCUCCUCACAGUCUGAUCGGUCGUCCUAUGACAAAGGCAGCCGAGGGGAAUACCACGACCAGCGAAGGCAGCUCCUGGCCAACUCGUCUCCUCCACCACAUUACACACUGUUUGAGAGUCACCUAGGGUCUCAGGCGCCCUCACCGACUGCUCUAGAGUCGAUCUCCAGAGGCCCAGAUGGACGCUUCAUUGUCCAGCCACAACAAGGUGGUUCAAGUCCCUCCAAUAAGAAUAACUUGAAGGAAGUAAUCCUUCAAAUUAACGGUGGAGCAAGUGGCUCAGGGAGCAACCGAACUUCAUUCAGGGACUCUCCAAAGUCAAGCUCAGAGAAGGACGAGAGGAAGAAUUCUCCUCUCACUGUGGACGUCCCAGAGCUCAGCAGACCUCCUUCCUCCCCUGGAAGAGUGCGGGCCAUGGCCAGAAACUUCUCCCGUCAUGGCUGCUUUUACUCUGACGAUGAACAAGGUUCAGAAGCCCUGCUGGAAAGAGCCAGCUUCUAUUCAGACAACAGCGAGAAAAAACCCAGCGAUUCUCUCAGGAGAGCUCGCUUGGCAGGCAAUGCUGAAGAUCUGUUCCCUAGUUUGGACAGGAAAACUAAGCUUCUGGAAAGAGACAGACCAGGCUACCAGCCUAUGGAGAGUCAAUUGACAAAUAACAGCACUCUGGUGUCACAACUUGACAGUGAGCUGGAGAGGGAUAGCAUUAACAAGUGUGUGCAGUUGGCAAAGGAGAGGGAAAAAAUGGAGAGGGAGCUGGAGAGCUAUACAGCAGAUCAGAGAAGUUGUGGUCGUGGACGAGAUGACCGACAGUCAAGCCCUCAAAGGGAGGCAUCCAAGUCAGAAGAUGAGCCUAUAUGGAAGCCACAGGAUGUUAAUAUCAGACAGAAACACGGGCCUUCAGGUCAGACAAGUCGAGUGUCUGACUAUCGGAGGGCGUGCUACUUUGGGAGCACCAGCAGUCCUAUGGACCGGCUCCCUGCCACCCGCAUACAAUGGGACAUUAGCCCUGUUACAUCGAUCACCAGCCUCAUUCCUGUACAGAGCCCCCAGGAGACCACAUCACCCAGGUCUCAGCAUUCUCGCAAAUGUAGGGAAACCACAGAUGACUCUUUUAACAUAGACUCAUCGCGCUCUCCAGUCACCCAGAACACAUCCCUCCCCAUGCUUUCCCCUGACAGCACCUCAGAAAGUCUCCCUGAAAGAGCCAGGUCUUUGAGUCCUCUGAGAGAAACAGAUCUAGGCAGGAAGUCCAUGACUGAGCAGGACAGAGGUGUCACCUCAAGGUCCAGACAUUCAUAUGCUUACACAAGCACUCAGCCCCUCAGAGGUCCCUCAGUUGACAGCGAGAGGCCUAAAAGUUCAGCCUCUGUUCCUUAUAAUCAGCCUGAGAGACCUGCAGAAGUGGACUACCCUACCACAAGGGGUCAGAGUCCAUCAAGUUAUGCUACUUUGCCCUAUCAACAUCAUGAAGUUGUUGUAAAGGCCAAAGACAAAGGCAUUCAGGCCCGAGUUGACCGACGGAGUUCAGGGUUUUACUCUGAGUUAGAGAGGGAGGGUGUACGAACACGCUCCAGGAGAAGUGACAAAUGUCUCUUCUCUGAUAGUCCAAGCCCUAUUACAACAUUGACUCUGGUAGAAGAGGUCGAGAGUGACCAGUCCCAAUUUUCUGUCUCGAGGAUGUCAGGGUCCUUCAAGGCCAAGCCUUCAACUCCAUCUCCCAAAAUGUCUCCUCUGCAGACAAGUGCAAUUCUCGAAUAUCUGAGCCUUCCAGGCUUCAUUGAAAUGAGUGUGGACGAGCCUGUGGAAGCUGCUGGAGCCACAGAUACCGCUGGACAAAGUUCAGAACUAAAGCCAGAAAAAUCCCCAGGGGCUAAGCCUGAUGUGGUUCCUAAAAACUGGGAGGUUCACAUUCAGGAAACCCAGGAAACAGACAGAAAGGUUUGUUUUGAACCACCACAUCCUGCGGGGGCUGCAGAGUCCAGCUUUUAUGGUAGUAAAAAACAAGCCUAUAAACGCCCCCUGCAUGGGGAAGGUUCUUCACAUAGAGUACGAUUUCCAGAUGAGAAAACACCAUCACCACCUGGUCCAGAAAAAACUAGCAAACAACUUUAUGAUGAGAAAACACAAAUUCGAGCUGGGAAUAAAAACACAGACAAACGUGGAUCCAGGUCAGCUCAAACCUUGUUCAGUGCAGCUAAAGGCAUGGCAGACAUAGUGUCAAAACACUCACAGAGUUUUGUAGACAGUAGUGAGUAUCUAUCAGAGCAAUCUCAAAGACAAGCUUCUCAGGGCAGCAGGACUAAUAACAUUGCGUCACGAAUAUGUCAAGCCCCUGUGCCAUUUCUAAAGAAAUCCCUAAGCAUGGGCCCUUGUAGGACGCUCUCGGGUAUGGUACCGCCUCGUCCCUUCCUAAAGAAAUCCAUCAGUUUAGGCUCACAGAGAUGGGAGCACUUUGAGACCCCGAGGACGUAUAUUUCUGAGAGAUGUUACUGGGAUGAGUUCCCCAGCCCAGAUGUCAGGGUGAAGUCCUACAGUUUGGGUCACAGUCCGCCUUCUCUUCCCAGGCCAGGCCCCUCCUGGAGGGAAUAUGUCCCAUUCAGACGCCCCAGCAUGGGAAGCUUAGAGAGGCCUCACCAUGCACAAAGACCUUUAGCUAGUCCUUCCUACCUCACUCCAUUGAUGUACCCACCCAGACAAACCUCAGUCUCCCCAAUGCUGGAACCCUCCGAUCCGCGACGGCAAGCUGCUGUUUUCUCAGAGUCCUCCAGGUGGUCUCCCUCUUACCAAGAUACCCUACGGUCUGCCCAGCAUAAAUAUAUCCCCAUGCCCUCCUCCAUCCCUGUCCCCCAGUACCAACACUGGCCAGCAUCCAGAGGAGAAAGCAUGAGACCAGUGGACCCCAGGAGGGGCCCUCCGAGGUCCUACCUGCCCAGGGGCAUCAGUUGGCCCUCACCUUACUACGCCCCUCUUCCUCCCAGGGAGGGCGAAGGUUACCGACAGCCAGACAGGAUGAUGGGGAGGGGAGGAGAAACAGAGAUCAGGGAGGGAGGCAGGGCCAGCUAUGCUAGUCAGAGCAGUGGUAGAGGUAGCGCCGGCCUCUUCCGACAAUCCCUGUCCAUCACACCAACACUCCUCAGCUCCCCCGAAACCACGGAGGAGGGCGAGCGGCACAGAGCUGACAUGGAGCUGCCCGAGAGGAGAGCGAAAAGAAGGAACACAUCAGUAGAUGAGAGUUAUGAGUGGGACUCUGCUGAUGCCUGUGUGGACACAGAGGUCCUGGAGGCCAUGAGGUUUGAUCAGUCACAAAUGGGUUUUCGGAGAGGUAGACAUGAUCAAGCCAGUGGCCUCCAGGGCCAGCGACGUAAAGGCCCGUCUCCCUCAGUCAGCCCGCCAGUUUCCAACCCACCUCGCUGCCAAUACAGCCGCUCCCUAAGUGAGGAGCGUUUCAACGCUCUCCGGCAGGAGUACCAAGAGUACAGGCGGGCUCAGGAGUCCAUCUGUUCCCGUGAGCCUUGCCUCACCCCUGGCCAUGAUUCAGACUCUGACGCCAACUCAGCACUGCUCUAGCAGCUUAACGCGGUUUAUCUAAGAUGGACAGCAAAAAGCGUUUUUAUUGAACAGAUGACAGCACUGUGGUCCUGGACACUGUCACACCUCACUGGAGCUUUUUCACUCUUUAAAUUUGUAUCCUGUUACAGCAUUUUAUGUGUUCUAUGCCAUCAAAUGAGACCAUCUGCAGCUCCUCUGUUGUUUUCAGAUGACUUUUCUUGUACUUGCUCCGUUGUGCUUUGCAUAGUGAAGCUGUGAAGGGAUUAUUUAUUUUUCUAAGAAGCUUGUGCAGCUGUAAUGUAGGAUUUUUCUUCUUUACCUUGACAAUCAGGCACACAGGGCCGCUCUGAGAAAUAAAACGUUACCCCUUCAAUAAGGUUUUCUGUUAAAAGUUGAGAAAGGACCUGCUUUAUAAAAGCGGCAGUGCUACAUGCUGAAAGUUAUACUACAAGUUUAUGCCCAUCAAAGCAAAGACUUCCCUUUGAUAACUAGAAUUGUACUCAGAAGGGUGUGUACCUCAGCCAAGAUCCUCUUUAAUUCAAUCAGGCCUAAUCCAAUAUCAGGGGGAAAAAAACAUAUUUAAAUCUGCUAGAUCCAGAUUUUAUUUGUAUCUGCAUCAAAUUCCCUGAGAAAUUAACCAAAAACACCCUAUUUCACAAUGUUAGAGAAAGUGAGAGAGAAACGUCCUGGAUCCGUCCCUUUAUCAGGAUCUGAUCAAAACUUAAUGGGAUCUAUUCUGGGCAGAGACCAAUCCUUCAUCCAAAUUUCAUUGAAAUUCAAUCAGUAGGUUUUAGAUAAUCCUGCUGACAAACCAACUAACAAAACCAUAAUCUCUGUGGCGGGCCUAAUAACGGGAUGCUAAUGACAAUGAUGCAGGUUUGAGUCUAUGAUAACAUCUGUUGGUGGAAUAUCUGUGUGCCGUGUGCUCGAAGCAUUUACUGCAAAUACUGCGUAAAGAUCACAUCAUGAGGAAUCUCUGAUUUUAAUUUACUGUAUCUAAAAGAAGAAUUUGUUUAUUUGCCACUGUGAUUUUCCUGCUGAUUCCCUGACUUCCUGUUUUAUACAGUCUAUCUGUCACAAAAACGUUCCCCUGUUGAGGCUUAAUAUAUGAAAUGAUUUCAAAUAGCCUCCCAGUAUUUGUUCAAAAUGUACAAAUGUUUAUAUGUACCUUAAUGUGAAUGAACCCUACUGUUGUAUUGUAUUGUAUAUUCCACUUCAUAAUUUCAUCGGAUGAGAAUUUAUACUUUACUCCACCUGAAUCCAUCAAACCUUGCCUCUGUAAUUAAUUGACAGACAUGGAAAAUGAUUUUUGCCUUAUUUUUGUUAAAAGCACUAGCUGGUUGACCAUGGGAGGUUUGAGCUGACAAGUUAUAAUCAAACAAAACUGAUCAGACAUUUAAAAGAUAUUCUAUAAAGUGUUACCCCUUUUUUUUUUCUUUUUUUUUUUUUAUACAAGUUUAGCUCUCAUGAUGAGUGUUUCUGUGUAUUUAUUAAGGUGAGUUCUGAUAUGCAACAAUGUUUACAAUUCACAUCACUGAUGCGAAGACAACACUGUGAAUAUUUAAAUGACUUCUGGUUCUGUAUUUGAAUUGCAAGUCGUUUAUGAAUUUUGUGCCCGUUAUAUAUAUUUUUUUUUUUUAUUACCAAAAAAUGACAAAUGCUGUUUUUUUUUAUGUCACCUGAUAAACAGAGAUGGAAAGGAGAUCUUUGUAGCUAUACUUUGUAUGAUAUUUACUGAAAGAAUUAACCCAGAUGAGAAGCUUCAUAUGGAGUGAGUAUGCAUUUCUGAUGAUGGUUUUAGAAGUUUUGUACAAACUGGAAAUUUUUAUAUCUUGUCACCUGGUUGUUUUUGUCAUUUUUAUAUGUUUGUAAUGAAUAAAAUGUUUUAUUCAGAAUGUA